AUGACCGCCGUCGACGCCAGCCUGUCGUCGUCUGCCCACGUCGCCGUCGCCUCGCACUUCAACCGGACCAAUGUCUCGACCUGGCCCGUCACCGCCUUCUUGGUCUGCUCCAUCACCGUCCAGCCGCUCUAUGCCAGCCUGUCCGACUGCAUCGGCCGCAAGGCCAUCUACCUGUCGUGCGCUGCGCUGUUCCUGCUCGGCAUCGGCCUGGCUGCCGCCGCGCCCUCCUGGACCUGCCUGAUUCUGGCGAGGCUCGGGUCGGUUUCGGGAGGUACCAUUGUCGACCGAUUUGGUUGGAGCUGGUUGUACAAGAUUCAGCUCCCUUUUGCCCUCGUCACUCUCGUCAUGGUGUAUUUUUUCAUACCUUGGACAAUCGAGGCAUCCGAGGAUACGAGUUCGCGUGAUGACACAACAGAAGGCCGACGUCUUCUCAGUUUGUUCGAUUGGACCGGUGCUCUUGUUCUCGUCAUCUCUCUCCUGUUGUUGGUGUUUGUUUUGGGAACCGCCGGAAACGUGCUCCCCUGGACGAACCCUUUCGUUUUGCUGGCCUUGUUUCUAUUCCCCUGUACGGUGUACGCCCUCGUUCGAGUCGAGGCAAACGCCCAGAAGCCAGUCCUUCCUCUGGUCCUGGUCCAGUUUCCUUUCAGAAACAUUAUGAUUAACGCCUUCUUCUUAUCCAUCAUUAAUUACAUUGUCAUGUAUAACGUUACAUUCUUCUUCCAAGCCGUGUUGCUCGAGACUCCAGGGCAAGCCAGCACUCACCUUGUCGCGCCAUCCAUCGCCUUCACGAUUGUCAGUGCGAUUUCUGGGGCGACGAUUGCUAGGCUUGAAACCCCCAAGCCAACGCUACGAAUCAGUCAGGUAAUGCUGCUCUGUGGUGCUGCAGGGCUCAUGGUCAUGGCAACCAUCCUUCCGAGGACCGAGACUCCGGGUGCGCUGUAUAACCUCUGUCUCGCGAUGCCGAUUCUGGGCGUCGGCAUGAUGGCUCCAAGUGCGUUGCUGCUUCUGCUCGGAAUGAGCGAUCGCAACAACCAUGCUACUCUGAAUGGUGGCUUCAUCAUGAUGAGGUCCCUGGGCGGCUUCACAGCAACGUCCAUCAGCACGACCAUUGUGCAAAACGUAUUCCAACAGACCAUGCGGCCAUUCAUGACUUCGGAAGAGAUCAAAAAGAAAAUUGACAGUGUCCGCUUGAACAUGGACAACUUGCAAACUCUAGAGGAGCCACUCCGGGCUCAAGUGGUCAACGCAUAUCGUACGGGUUUCAUCGUCCUAUUCGGGCUGGUGAUUACCCUGUCAGUUCUUAUAAUAUUUGGCUUCAUUGGCGUUUCCGACGGCCAAGUUGUGCAAGAAGCGCCAGACACCGCAGAGCCAGGCAGUGUGACGGAGAUGGAGGACCUCAUGGGGGACACGGACGACUCUGACGGCUGA